AUGGAUCCUCUCGAAGAGUCGCCAUGGGGCGAUUCGCAACCCACCUCCGAGCCCUCGACCCAACAGCAGCCCUCCCAGAGUGAAGAGUCAACGUCGCAGCCGGCGCUCAAGUCAGAGGCAUCCAGCACGGCGUCCGCACCUCGUCCGUCACGCUCAGGACCUGUGCGCCGACUCGUCUCUGCCCAGCCUACCCGCCUCGAAGCCGUCGACGACCCCCUCGGUCCCUUGGGUCCUCUCGGCGCUCCCGCCGCGGCGGACAAUGGCGCCGAGGCCGGUCAGGAUGCUCCGCCCGUCCCGCCGCAGAAGGAGCAGAUGGUGAUCCGCACCUCGAUGCCACCCCAGCAGGGCCGUCGCGCCGGUCCUUCUGACCCUCACCACAUUGACGAGGACGACUUCGACCGUCCAUCUGGCCCGAGGCAGCCGCCGCCAGUCCAGGCUGCGCAUCCCAGCCCGGUGCGGACGCAUACCCAGCCUAGCGUCAGUGUCGAGCAGGCUAGCAAGCCGAGCUUCCAGAUCACGGUGGGAGACCCGCACAAAGUUGGCGACUUGACCAGCUCGCAUAUCGUCUAUUCAGUGCGGACCAAGACCUCCUCAAAGGCAUAUAAGCAGCCCGAGUUCGAGGUGAAGCGCAGAUACCGCGACUUUCUAUGGCUGUACAACACCCUGCACGGAAACAAUCCGGGCGUCGUUGUGCCGCCCCCGCCAGAGAAGCAGGCCGUCGGUCGCUUUGAGAGUAACUUUGUCGAAGGACGUCGCGCCGCUUUGGAGAAGAUGCUGAACAAGACUGCUGCGCACCCUACCCUGCAGCACGACGCGGAUUUGAAGCUGUUCCUCGAGAGCGAAUCUUUCAACGUCGACGUCAAGCACAAGGAGCGGAGGGAGCCGAUCCCCGGUGAGAGUAAGGGUGUUCUCGGCAGUCUGGGUAUCAAUGUCGGCGGCAGCAGCAAGUUUGUCGAGCAAGACGAUUGGUUCCAUGACCGCAAGGUUUACCUCGAUGCGCUCGAGAACCAGCUCAAGGCGUUGCUUAAGGCUAUGGAGACAAUGGUCGGCCAGCGCAAGAUGAUGGCAGAGGCGGCUGGAGACUUCUCGGCGUCUCUCCAUGCUCUGUCCACGGUUGAGCUCUCGCCGUCAUUGUCGGGGCCGCUGGAUGCGCUGUCCGAGCUGCAGCUGACGAUCCGCGAUGUCUAUGACCGUCAGGCCCAGCAAGAUGUUUUGACCUUUGGCAUCAUCAUUGAGGAGUACAUUCGCCUGAUUGGAUCAGUCAAACAGGCAUUCAGCCAGAGGCAAAAAGCAUUCCACUCGUGGCACUCUGCAGAGUCGGAACUGCAAAAGAAGAAGGCUUCCCAGGACAAACUCCUGAGGCAAGGCAAGAGCCAGCAAGAUAGGCUGAACCAGGUCAGCGCAGAGGUUGGCGACGUGGAGAGAAAGGUCCACCAGGCUAGGCUUCUGUUUGAGGACAUGGGUCGAUUGAUGAGGGCGGAGCUGGACCGCUUUGAGAGAGAAAAGGUGGAGGACUUCAAGAGCGGCGUCGAGACCUUCCUGGAGAGCGCGGUGGAGGCACAAAAAGAGUUGAUCGAGAAGUGGGAGACGUUCCUCAUGCAAUUGGACGCUGAGGAUGACGAGACGGUCUUUUAUCGGCCGCCUAUCAUCCAACCCUCGGGCAAGCCGCCCGGAAACACAGCCAUUGACAGGGCUCGUGCCACCAUCAACGACGACUCUGACUAG